AUGUCUCUCCUUCACAACGAAGACUUUGCGAUAUGGCAAUUACGCUCUUCAUAUCUCUCGACAAUCAAAGAUGGAAUCGGAGACCGACUCAUUACUGUCAAUGACUCUGUUCUGAACACGCCUGGCUUCCGUGCCGCGGGCUGGUCAACGACCGCGUACCCCAACACACACAGCUCCUCGAGCCUGAGACGCUCAUACUCCCCACCAAUCCCAACUACGGCAAAUGUUUCUUCCGAAUACUACAGACUUGCGGAGCGAAACGCCAAACCCGCACGAGACGACGUUCAAGGCCUCGGGUUAGAGGAUGGUGAGGACGAUGGUGGGAUGGUGACCGGCAAAAGCCACGCGGAUACGACUGGGCGACGACAUCAUGCGCGCGUAGGAAAGAAGAAGAGUCGACGCGAAAGGCAACAAGAGGCCCAGAGGCAGGCAGAAGCCGAGGACGACGACAGCAGUGAUCUAAGCGACGACAGCGAUGAUGACGGGGAUAACGUUGGCAGUGCUGUCGAUCAAAUCAAGUUCAACAAAAUGCCCAUUCGCCGAGAUCGCGCCGAUUCCUCCCCCAGGCGCUCUGAAGACCAGCGUGAUCGACCAGAGGUGAUGAUCACAUCCCCCUCAACACAAAAUGUUGCAAACCAAUACCGCGCACCAACCCGCCCUCGAAGAGACACAACUACCAGCAGUGAUCUAUCCACGGACAAUGAAGCGGACUCGCGAGGCUACAAACCGGGACAGGUCCAAUUUUCCGGCAGUGAUCAUAUUAUGGAGCCCACUCGUAGGCGACGUGAGCGGACUGGGAGUCGAGGAGCAGAGAGCAUAGCCCUUGGAGAACUUCACGAAGAAGACGAGGAUUCGGGCGCUGAGUCCGUUGGGUCUGCGCUCUCAUCUGACUUUGAUAACACAGCUGGUUCUGGUUCCCUACUGCUGGCCGGUGUCGCAGAUGGCCUAAACGCAUCAUCCCCCAUGGUGUUGAUGAACAAACUACCCCCUGGAACUGGGCCUCAGAACACUUCACCACGAAAACCCAAACCGCUUGCUCCUGCAUUGCAACGACUUCCUCCCCCGCGUCCUAUCAGUAUGAUACAGCCGGUUAGUUUACUGACUAGUCAGCUCAAGUCCCGCAAGCGUGCGCCAAGCAACCCCGUGGAGAAGUUUAUGGUGCUAUAUGGGCAAGGCCAGGAGGAUCCGUUGUAUCUGAAGAUCUACGUUCCUUUUGCAAGUGACCCUGAAGAAGUGCUAGACAUGCCAAUUUUGCGCGAAUCCAAGCUUGCAGAACAGCCCGCUCUCGUUACUGUUGCCGAGACUAUCGGCCUUGCACUGUGGAAGUAUUCCGCAGACUCUCGUGGUCCGGCGAUCGAGCGCGAAAAGCUAUCUGUUAAUCGAUGGACUCUACGGAUGGUCGAGGAUGGAGAAGUCGAAUUUGAUUUCCCAGCACUUGGGCGGGCACUUCCUAUGUCGGAUUUUACGUCCAACAACAACAGCAAGUCCGGAAAAUCACGAGCACGGUCAAGAGGCAAGCCGUAUGACGAAUUUGCAUUGGUGGAGGCUUCAAUGGCCGAGUUCGAGAAUAACGAACGGCUAUUCCCCCAUUUCAGUGCCGCCGUUGGACCAGAUGAAAGUGAACAACCGGCAACACUCGCAGUGCCUGGGGCACAAACCCCCGGGACGCAAACGCCUAACCAGCCUACCUCAGCCCGCCCAAAUCCUAUUUUAGGCCAACCAUUUUCUUCCGCGCUCAAUCACAGCACUCUUACUCCUGCUGAUCGGCCUGUGGUACCCGUCUCCCAUGCUACCCCCCGUCUUGGUGUUUCCAAGACCUUGAAGAUUCGUUUCAUCAACACGGAGGCCUCCGCGCAUGUCAUGACCCUCAAUACGUCUACCGACAGCUACAUCGCGGAGAUCUUGGACACUGUCUGCAAGCGCUGGGGGCAAGACAAGGGCAACUAUCUGCUCAAAGUGAUGGGUUCCAACACAAUUGCACCGCUGGACCGCACCGUCGAGGCAUUAGGCAGCAUAACAGAGCUUGAUCUUGUGCGUCGUCGCUUCGGUGGUGGUCCUCUGGCAUUAGGAACAUCACCCGGUAGCUCAUCACCAAAUGCACCCCUGAUGGUAGAAACUUCCGACCCAGCCGCCUCCAAGAAGGGCAAGAAAGAAGCGAAAAAGGGCACUCAGCGCAUGCUGCCCUCAUCUUCCCAGAAACAAGACCAUCUUGGUGGCUACUACCGUCGCUACCACGUAUUCCGCAAGCAACCCAUGUCAUUCACAGCAUCCAACCACCGAAUCCUCACAUUCGAAAAUGACUAUAUGCACAUCGUCCCAGGGGACACAGGCAAAACAGCCUCUGGCGGCAAGACACGCUCAAUCAGUUUCAGUGAUGUGAUCGGCUCAAAGGUUAGUCGCCGGCAUCCCAAGAGCUUCAGAGUUAUGAUCGUCCGUGGCAACGAUGCUACAGAACAGAAGCGGUAUGACUUUGAGGCUAGGAGUACCGGCGAAGCCGUAGAGAUCGUGGAUGAGAUCAAGAAAAACAUGGCACAUUAUCGUAUUUGA